UCCGAGCUGAACAGCACCGAGGAAGAAGAAAACACCGUCACAGAUCACCGGGAUCCUGAGAAGAAAGCCGGCUGAAGCCUUGCGUUUAGCUCAUACAUUGACACAUGAUCUCGGUUAAGUUCUGAGAUCUACCUUCGUUAUUUUCUUUUGUUGAAAACGAUCAUCAUGGUCAAGAAGAGAAGCGGUAACCGUGAGACCGAGAGCAGUCCGCUGGUAGAGCCGGAGCCGAGGCCCUCCGAACAAACUCCAGUCCUCAAAGGAGCCCAGUCGUCAGGAGGAGCCUCCGCACGCAUGUCAGUCCUCCUCCUCAUCACUAUCUUUGCCUGCUCGGCUUGUGUCAUGUAUCUGCUGUUCAGAAAUUUCCCAGAGCUAAGCGAAGACGAGAGAGAAAAAAUCAAAAUUCCUAAAGACAUGGAUGACGCCAAGGCAUUGGGAACAGUGCUGUCCAAAUACAAGGACACAUAUUACACUCAAGUGCUUUUAGCGUACUUUGCUACAUAUAUCUUCCUUCAGACGUUUGCCAUCCCAGGCUCCAUAUUUCUCAGUAUACUGUCUGGCUAUCUCUACCCUUUUCCAUUAGCUCUCUUCCUGGUCUGUCUGUGUUCAGGCCUUGGGGCGUCUUUUUGCUAUAUGUUGUCGUAUUUAGUCGGGAGGCCGAUGGUGUACAAGUACCUCACGGAGAGAGCUCAGAAAUGGUCACAACAGGUGGACAAGCACAGAGAGCACCUCAUUAAUUACAUCAUUUUUUUGAGAAUAACUCCUUUCCUUCCAAACUGGUUCAUCAACAUCACCUCGCCGGUCAUUAAUGUGCCUCUGGGUGUCUUCUUCCUGGGGACCUUUCUUGGAGUGGCUCCGCCAUCGUUUGUGGCGAUAAACGCAGGGACGACGUUAUACAAGCUGACCACAGCCGGCGAGGCCGUGUCCUGGAACUCUCUUCUCGUGUUGGGAGUUUUAGCCGUUCUCUCCAUCCUGCCCGUCUGCUUUCAGAAGAAACUCCAGCAGAAACUUGAGUAGAGAUCACCACCCCUGCUUGAUUCAGCUCAGGAAUGAUACUGGUCCUCUAAAGCUUUCUUCUCUUCUUUUGUGCAUGUACAACAAACUCUCGUUUCAUCAUAUGAUGGGCCAGGCAGGUCCACCUUCCAUUGUUUCCACAGUACUUUCAUGGGAUGAAAAAUUCUGUCAUCACCGAUUUCCUCUAGCGUUAUUUUCCACAUCAAUGUCUUCAGUGGAUUUUCAAUAUUUUCCACAAAACCGCAUUGAUUAAUGUGAGAUGCACUGGAAGAGACAUAUUUUCAGUCCCUCUGAAGUUGCUGAGCUAAAAAGGAAAGUGCCAACUGCGACCUUUUUUAUUCUUAUGGCUAAUUUAAUAUUCAAACGUGUUUGAGAAUGAGGUAUUACAUGCAUCAGAAACCUUCUUUUUGGGUAUUUCUCAUGAAUGGACAAUCUCUUAACAGUGCCCUGUGUACUAAUGCUAACUGUAGAAAAUACUGCUUAGCUCUUGUUAUACACCUAAUUUUUCCAAAUUGAUAACUGAUAAAUAUGGAUGAUGCCAUUAGUAUUACAGAUCAAGACUGUAGAUUGCAUAUAAUAUAACAGCCUUGAUGUUACAGGUUACUUGAAGUAAAAGAAAUGGAAAGCAUUUACCGACAUCACAUGUACUGAACUAUUAACACCUGUUUUAACAUUUCAAACUAUUUUUC